AUGGACGCUUAUGAUAACAUGUCUGUAUUGAAUCAUCCGGGCAGUAAUGCUAGGAGAAGCUCUCAAUCCGCAAAUGAAAUAUUUGCACCCCAAAUUCAAGAUUUUCAAAAUAUACCAAGGUCUUUUAAUGCUAACAACACUAAGUUGAACUUUCCAAAAAAUCAUAAUGCUGCUAACCAACUACCCUUUUCUUCGCAUCAACAAAAAAUCAUAAUGGAACAUUUGCUGAUAACGAAAAAUAAUUCUCAGCAGCAGAAGGACUAUUCUCAUGUACCAUGCAAAUUUUUCAAAAUGGGCAAUUGUCAAGCUGGCACUUCUUGUCCUUUUUCUCAUUCCCCAGACAUCAUUAGUUCUGCGAAUAAUUUACCUUGCAAAUAUUUCGCAAAGGGCAACUGUAAAUUCGGUAACAAGUGUGUUAAUGCUCAUACAUUGCCAAAUGGGUUUAAAAUGAAUGGCAAAGACCCUAUUGAUAUCGCCUCUCCCUCGAAGAACAACUACCCAUCUCACACUAGGUCUGCCUCUUUCUCUACUUUCAUGUCCCCUCCUCUGUCUGUACACACGGAAUUCUCGAAUUCAGCUUCGAAUGCAAACUAUUUUCCCUCACAAUACCCAAUGUCUUCACCUCAGAAAAGUCCCGGGGUCCUACAUACGGAAUUCUUCUCUCCCCCUUCGUCGUCUUCUUCGUACAUUAAUUAUAACUAUAAUAACAUUACUGCUUACUCUCCGGUAUCUUCAUCUUCAUCUAAUAUUUGGCAAGAGCAGGGCCAAACUACGUUAUCGAACCCAAGUAUGAAUCAGAAUCUCAAGUAUCGCACAGGCCCUGCAAUUCAAGAGGAGUCGGACGAUGAAAUUGAAGAAUUAUUAAUUCAUGAUUUCAAUUCAAGAUAUUGUCAAGAAUGA